AUGGGUUUUAUAAAUUCAAGUGGUGUUCAUGAGGGUGAAUACACAGAUCUACCAGAUUCUCUUCUCAACUUGUCAAAUGAAGAUGAUAUUCUUUUCAUGGAUGUAGAUGUGAAGGAUCAUAUGAAAGAUACAAUGGAUGAUGAUGUUCCUAAUCAAGAAGUUGAUUUAUGCAAUGUUGAUGUAAUUCCUGGUGUUCAAGAUGACGUGGCAUCAACAUCAACAUCAGUAUCACAGAUAGAAUCUGUUCAGCUUACAGAAGGGCAAAUUAUUUGCACUUUGAACAGGGAAGAUCCAGACAUACCAUGUAAUGAUGAUAUCUUUUUACUGAUUCACCCUUCUACUCCUUUUCCUCCUUGUAUUGGACAAGUUGCUACAACAGAUUCCAUGUGUCCAUUGUCUCCUUCAUCUCACGAGAAAGAUGAACAGGGGAUAAUCACAGUAAGAAAAGGGAAAGAUCUUGCUCCACCAUGUUUCCCAAGGCCAAGUGCUUUGCCUGAAUUUGGAUCUGUUUUCAAACGUGAGCCAUCUGAGGUUGAAUAUCGGGCCCCACUUCCUGUGAAGCCGAAUAAUCAUCUUAGGAUUCCUGGUCAAACUAGGUCAAUGCAAUUACACACACCUCUAGAAAUCACCCGGAAUGGAAUGGUGGAGGAAGGUGGUGCUAAAGCUGAACUUCAGGGUUUAGGAAGCCCGACAUUGUACAAUGAGAUGCCAUUACCUUUAGAAGUUGGUAGUGUGAAAAUGAUUGAUCCAGAAUCAAUGGAUGAUUCUAAUGUAUCGGAUCAGAACAACUCUGAUGAUGAUGCUGACAUACCUUACUUCUCCGAUGUUGAAGCUAUGAUACUGGAAAUGGACUUGACCCAUGCUCAGGAGUCAUGCCUUGCAAGUGAAGUUGUGAGGAAUGAAUAUGAGGGAAGUAAAAAGAUGAUCAUUAGACUGGAACAGGCUGCACGUUCUUCAUUCCAAAGAGCCCUGUCAUCUCAGGGAGCUCUUGCUAUUUUUUAUGGGCGUCGUUUAAAACACUAUAUUAAGAAAGCCGAGGUGACAAUUGGGAGAUCAACAGAUGACACCGAGGUUGAUAUUGAUCUAAGAAAAGAAGGGCGUGCCAACAAGAUAUCUAGGCGCCAGGCUAUUAUAAAAAUGGAAACAGAUGGAUCAUUCAGUCUAAAAAAUCUUGGGGCAAGUUCAAUCUCGUUAAAUGGCAAAGAAGUCGCUCAUGGACAGGUGGUUGCACUAAGUUCAACUUGUUUAAUUGAGAUAAGGGGGAUGAGUUUUGUGUUUGAGACGAAUGACAAGUAUGUGAGACGAUUCUUGGGUAAGCAACGAAAGUAAGAGUAGAAGAAGGUUUUGAAGAGAGUGUUACUAUUAGUAUUAGGAAUAGGGAUCCCUUAUUAUUAUGUACUUGUGUGUGAAAAUGUUCAUCUUUGUAUGAAUGUAUUAUAUUCCAUAAAAUAUGCAAAUA